AUGCAAGGGGAAAGAAUCCUCAAAUCACUUCUAAACAGAGAGAUAGAUGGUCUUUAUGAGGAUACAAAGGUAAGUUUAUCAAACUUAGCUGUUUGCUAAAUUUAAGCUGCUGAGAAAUUAUGGUAGAUUAAUUGAGGACACUUUAAAGCUCAGUUAGUGAAGAUACUUACGAUUUGUAAGGCUACUCACUUUCAAAAACGUUUCCUUGAAUAAAAACUUAGUUCAUUUCAAAGCGAGCGUCUUGUUAGACUCUUCAAUUGCAAGAAUCGCGCGGAUCUACAUUCAUGAGCAGGUCAUAAAAUGAGUGUCACUUGAAAGCGAACCUCAGAUUAAUAAAUUACACUUAAUUUAGACGUCUUUUUUGCUACAGCCUCUCAUUUUUCUUAACUCCAUAUUUUAAAUGGGGUAGCAUUCACCCUUGAUAUGUUGUUUUUAAUAUUGUUCGGUGGAACUUGCAGAAUUAUCUUGCUCCACUGCAAUGUCCGCUAAAGAACAAAAAUGGCUGCCAAGCAGGAGGCAAAGCUACAGAGGAAACUGUAUCAAAGUACGCCGUUUUUUGUACCANUAUUGUUCGGUGGAACUUGCAGAAUUAUCUUGCUCCACUGCAAUGUCCGCUAAAGAACAAAAAUGGCUGCCAAGCAGGAGGCAAAGCUACAGAGGAAACUGUAUCAAAGUACGCCGUUUUUUGUACCAAGUUCCUGAGGUGUGCUAUAGAGACCUUGAAAAAUGUGAAAGCCAAGGAAAAAGGCCUUAUUGAGGUCACAGAUGCCUUGAAACUAGGUAAGAUGAAGCAUGUGAACAUCUUUAGUUGCUGUUUGGGGGUAAGGUCCUUUCUGAGUUCCUAACAAAACCUUAGUAAUGAAAAUGAGUUUUAUUUAUAAGACACACACACACACACCCACACACACUUAAUGCACAUACUUUAUUAUCAUUAAUAAUCUACAUUUAUAUAAAGUCCAUUUCCGCCCGCAAAUAGCAGGUGCUAGUCGAGGCAGGCGGAGAUAAUAAGUACAGCAGUCAGAAAUAAAUUACAAAUAAAUAGAUGAAUAAAUAAAAGAAUAAAUAACUAGAUAUAUAUAAAUGAAAUAAAGCUUAAACAUAAAUUAAUAACAUUUACAAAAUCAACUUCUUGAAACUCGCAAAGUUAACUGUGACACUAAAUUAAGAUAUGUAUACUUAAUAAAUUAAACUCUGUAUUUGCUCGAUAGUUAGCUAUUUUUUGAAGCAGAGUGGGUGAUUCAACAUAAUUGUCCUCGGCCUCUAAUAACAAGAAUAGCAUGUCAUUGAUAUGUUUUUUGAAAGCUCUCUUGGGAAGGUGACGAAUUUCAUCGUAUAUUGAGUUCCAAAGCUUAGCUCCGAACCUAGCAAAGGAACCAUGGUUUUGAUUCAGUCUCGAUUGGUUAAUAUAAAAAUUGCAGGAGGAGGAGAACCUGGUCUCCUGAAUAUGCUUUUCAUUAGCUUUAAUGAAAAGAUUACUAAUGUUAGUGGAAACAGUUAGACAUGAGACGUCGAACAUUAUUGAGGAAACUGUUUCAACGUAUAACAUAUUUAUUGAAAGGAUUUUUGAGUAGGUAAAUAAAGGCACCGCAUGUGCUCUGGGUUCAGAAAAAUACAUCAACCGAAGGACAUGUUUUUGUAGCACGAGGAUUUUUUGUAAAUGGGAUUUAGCAGCUUGACCCCAAGCGGCCAAGCCAUAGGAUAGGUAGGGUAGUAUCAAAGAGUGAUAAAUACUAAAUAGACUGGUAAAAGGGACGAGGUGCCGAAGACAGGCAAUAACUCCAAUAAUUCUACUUAUUUUUAGAACUACAUUGUCAACGUGGUAUUUCCAACUCAAAUGACUAUCCACUAAGACACCUAGAUAUUUUACAUGAUCCUUACACUCAAGGGAUGUGAUUAAUAUUAUCAAACAUUAGAAUAUUGACCGAAUGGUCCAUCUUACGUUGGUGAGGACAAAAGAUAACAAAGUUUGAUUUUUUAGCAUUUAAUGUUAGCUUAUUUGCAUUGAGCCAAUCCGAGACUCUGACCAGUUUGUUAUAGACCAUUAUUUUUUUCAAAAGAUUUAAGAUUUUUGUCAGCAUUCAACAACUUUGUGUCAUCUGCAAAAAGGUAAAACGGAAAUUUCGCUGAAGAAUAAAACUUUACAACCUACUUAUGGUCUGGGACUCCCAGGUACAUACAACACAUUUCACAGUGCAAAGAAAUAGCAUUUUCAACAUGGUGUAAGCAGGGCACAACAAAGUGCUAUCUGAUAAUCCAGAGCCAGUAAGGCUUAAAUAUGGGUCAAAUAGAAGUUGUCCGAUAAGCAAACCACAUUUGCUUUAAGUGUGAGAUUAAUAGAGGGCUAUAAAGUUGCAUGUAACGUGCAAAUUGUUCUGUUCAUAUUUCAGUGGGGAGACUUCUCAACAACACUUUAUCACUCUGUCAUGGAAACUACCUGAAGUUUAUUCCUUCGGUAGAUCAGCUUGCAAAAACACUUUACCUUAUUGUUGCUCAGCUCAUUACCAAGGCACAGUUUGAAAGUGCUCUGGAUCAUGCUAAUGACCUAUAUAAAUUCAUCCAGCUUCUUAAGGCAUGGAAGAGCUAUGACAGUGAAAAGAUGGAGAAGGAAAUUGGAUCACUUUGUUUACGUUCAUCUGAUUUGUUACUUCAAGGAGCUGGAAAGCUUGAGGAGGCAAAAGUACCUCCAGGGAAACGACCAUCACACUUGUGUGUUGUGUUAGACUGGAGAAAGCUCUCAUUACUUUUUCAAGCAGAAGCAAAUGUACAUUGUUCACUAAAAUCCUUAGUGGAUAGAACUCUGAAAUGUGGGACAAAAUUUCAAGUGGAUUGUGGGCCCAAGAAUGUUGAUUUUAAAACCUUAGCAAGCUUCUUUGAAACCAUUUUUAUUGCACUCAUGAACAAGCAAGAACAACUGAUUGCAAAUGGACAAGAAUUUACAGUGCUCUUAGCUGAACUUGGAUUUCAUUAUGGCAGAAUUUGUGAUAAGGCUGGAAACUCAACAGAAGCUUUGGCUGUGUUUGAUAAACUGUUGAAAACUGCAGGAAAUGAAAACCAUUGCAAAAAUGGUCAUUUUAAACUACAAAUACCUUCACAAGUUUGUUGCUGUGUGUGUUUAGUCUGCAAGGCAGCUAUUUUGCCAAACUCUACUAUAAAAUCUCAAACUCAAGAAUCUCUUCAGCAGAUGUUAUUCGAAAGUAACCGGCUAAUCUCCCAGAUCCUGAAGUGUAGCACAUUACCUUCACCAAUGUUAAAACUACUUUCAGACUCCCUGGAGUACUUCAGAAUUAAUUUGCAAAAUGAAAGUAGCAAAAAGAGUAAGGAGAAAUCACCCACUCUUUCAUUGAAGACUCUCCAAGGAACAGUACAAGUGCUGCAGUCUUACAUCUCAGUCUUAUCUUUGCAGUGUGCACGGCUUAAGUCAGAGCUGCUUAAAUCCAAACAUGAUGAUAUCGUGGCACAGCUGAAACAACAGGUUCUAAAGACCACAGAACGGCAAAUGACAGUAUUUAGUUUUGUUAUUUCUUCAUAUCAAGAUCAGUUGAAGAGUGAAAAAGAUGCAAAAAGCACAAUAAGAGAUUCAAGGUCAGUAGUAUCACACAACAUUUAAAACAGUUAACUACAGUGUACACACUGUAGUUUAAGAAAAGGAUUAUGUUGUGUUUUUAUUUCUCUUUGUUUUGGGGCAUGUUAAUAGAUGAAAAUGAGUGAAAAACAAAGGGAAACAGUGUGCAAAGAAAGUAGCAUCUGAUAGCCCGGGGCUUGUGGAUUUUGCCAUCGGGCUAGUGAAUUCUGUUCUUGACUUGCCCGAUGGGCAAGUGAAGUAUGUUGAGGAAUUCAACUUACAGAAGAACUGUGAAAUCAAUUCUGCUAAUCAAAAAAUUUGGGGGGCUAGUUGAAAUGACGUUUGGGCUAAUAAAUGCUAGCUUCAGCUUGCCCAAAUGACAAGCUGUAAAAAUGACUUUCUUUGCACCCUGGGAAAUAAAAUUUAAACCAAGGAUAAAUUUGAACCAUAACAUUAUACAUGUAACACUGCUCAAACUUUUAUUGCAUAUCCAGUAUCCUCAACUCUUGCCAAUCAGCCUAACGAUUCUUGAAACAAAAUUACAAACAUCUCUAGAAUUUGUCUUUUUUGUGCCGCACACAAAUGGGGAUAUACACUGUAGGCAAUAUCUCUCACAAGAUAGCAUUUUGGGGAAGCUGUACUGUAAGCAGUCUGGGUCUGGGAAGGUCCAAAGAGACUGAGAGAAAUCUGGUAAGAAUAUCUAUAAAGAAUAGGGGAAUGAAUGAAUGUACAGCUGUUGUUGGACCGUUACAAAGAACUACAGAGUCAAACGUUACUGGGUAUCAAUCUUGAAACAGUUUACUGUACUGUUAAUGUUAACACAUUCUUUAUUUAUACUAUGCAGAUGUCAGAUCUUUAAGGACUGUAUUCCAGUAGUGGAACAAGCAAACUCUGUAAUUCAUUCUGCCCUUGAUGAUCCAGACAUCCCAUUGUCUCCAAACGAGCUCCGCUGGCUAGGCUGCAAUGUGUACAAUUUGGGUUGUGUGUCAUAUCAGAGAGAUUGCUUUACUGAAGGAGUUCCUCUGUUAGCUAUUGCUUGUGAAGAGCUAAGAGUAUGGUGCUUUGCUGGCAAGACUGAUGAGGAAAUUUUUACAAGGACUGUGGAGGUAAUAUGGCCUUAACCCUUGUAAUUUUUCUUUCAUACUUUGUGGCAUGAAAUUUUUGUGGGAGUUUGCAAUUUUUGUGUUUUGCGGGAACCAAUUUUGCAAUUAGAAGAGAUUGGUUUUUCUUGCUGAGAAUUGAUUUUUGCGAUUUCAGAAAGUCCAAGACCAGUCAUUGUUAAUAUUUUCCUUUUUAUUAAGUAUGCACAAUGGAAAUGCAUACAGUGAAGAAAGUUUCAAACAAUGCAACAGUUUGUGUACCCUACACUAUAUGUAAAACCAGUGUAACAGAUUACUAUUGUCUUUUCUUUGUCAUUCAAUUAUAGUAACAUCUGAGAUAACUGAUUGUUCUGAUGAUCGUUUGGAAGAAUUUAAGUUGGAAAAUAUUUACAGGGGAGGAAUUUUUUUGCAGGAAAUAUGUGUGCCGGAAAAAUCACAAAAAUUAUAUCCCGCUAACAUUUUGUGCCACAAGGUAAAUGAUGUACCAUUUUGAUAAGCCCAGUAGUGAUUAUUACCAAAUUUAUCCUUAUGAUACAGUUACUAGUGCUCAUCAAUCAUUGUUUUAAUAUUGGGUAUUAAAUACUUGUUAUUCUUUUUUUUUGCACUGUGCAUAAAAUGCCACAUCAAUGGUUUUCUUUUUUUCUGAGAAAUGGAAGCAAACACUUGUGAUGUUAACCCACUAGAUGGGUCUUACAGUAAUCUUCAGUCCUGUCAUGCCGUCAUUAAUAAUAGAACUGAUUUCUUUUAGGUGAAGCUCCUAACAAAAUUUGCACUGCUGACUGACUGUCAGCGACGAGCCAAACAGAUGGUUGGUGCACUGACAACAGCUACCACUCAGGUUCUUAUAACACUUCAAACUGGUUUUGAUGCAAAUGUCUUAAGGAAGCAGAUCAAACAAUGGACCACAGUGAAACAUGAACUGGUGAAAAGUAUGCAAGAUGAAAAGAGACAAGCUGAAAGAUCAAGGUUUGUCAGAAAUUUUUGUUAAAAAAUUAAUUUUGAUUAAAACCACGCACGCGCCACUGAUUGAGAACACAUGAAGAUGUCAUAUUUUAUUACAACUGCAUGAAUCCUUCAGUGAGGAGCCCUUUUCUAAAAAGUAUGAGAUUCUGUUAGUCCAAAUAUGUUAUGUCAUGUCUUACCUGACUUUCCGUAUUUUUCUCCGUUUACCGUAGAACCCUGUGCAGUGUUUUAGCAGAACAGAAAGAUGCUGAAGAUAUUGACAGCAGUCAGCUUUGUUUAGUUCUUCAGGAAGAACUUGCUUCUUACAAGGCAAAGAAGUAAGUUCCCAAAAAAGACAGACUUCACAAGGUUUCUGGACCUUUUGCAGAAACAGGGAAAGAGUUCCUUAUUUUAAUGGUCCAUUUAGUUCUUUCAUUACCAUACAAUCGUGUAUGAACCACAUCCUGGAAAGAAAUAUUACAGUCAAACCUGGAAAACAGUGAACACAAGAAAUAUUUCUGGAAUGCUAUUGUUUUGCAAGAGAAAAGCCAAUCAGGCGUGAGAAAACUAAACCACAAGCAAGAACGUUAGUUAGUUUGUGGUUUUGUGGCCAGUUCGCAUUCCCUGUUCUUUGCUGUGAUUGGUCGUAACAGAAUAAACAUUCUUGAGAUAUUUCAAGUGUUCAGAGUUUUCCCGGUAACACUGUAAGGUCAUGUGAAAGUACAGUGUACAUGUGCAUGUAUUGCUGACGCAACUACAUGUUUAAGCGUGAGCCCCAGCUACUCUCAUAGGAAACAAAAGUAAAAUACAUAAAUUAUGUAGAACCAAAAGAACUUCCUAGCCGACAAUUCCCCUUCUACUAAUUACAUAACUGUAGAUAUACCCGACAACUUGAAAUUUUAGCGACAGCCCUAUGCUGAUGAUGAGGUUUCAUAAAAAAGAUCUCUUUUAUUUCAUAUACUGUACUCAGUCUCCCAAAAAAGUUUUUUCCUUAAUACAUGUGUGUUCAAUUGUCAUUUGAGGGGUUCGUUUGAACUCAGGAGUCACUUCAUAAGUAGGUUCGGGGUGAGUGUUGUCCUAAAUAUAAUAGGACUGUUGUUGACGCCGACAAAGAUGAUCCUGGGUUAUCCUUUAUCCCAAUUCUUUUUUGAAAAACUCUGCCCAGUAUUGUACACCAUUUAGUGGUCUAUUUUUUCUCUUAUUUCUAGUUAUGACACCACCAUGGAGCAAAUUUCUGUCAUCAGACAGCUUAUGGAGUUGUAUAUUAUCCAAGAUGAUGAGUUUCAUUAUGCUUCAGUGAUGCUUGAGUUUGGUGUAGCACUGCAUGACCUUGGAGACAAAGAUCUUGAGGAGGAGAAGUGAGUCUACUGCUUAUGUGUGUUUUGGUUUAGUAUGUGGCAUUUGUCUUACACAUAGGUAAAUGACUUUGGAAUAGCAAAAAUACAUUAACUUGUGGUAAAGGUAAAGGGACAUUCAGCCAGCUGUUUUUUUAUAAUGUCAUUCCGGGUUAUAUGGCCCAUUAUGAAGCCAGUCACUUUAGUAUUAUUGUAUUUCUUUGCUUGAACUUUACACAGUACAGACUGAAUACAAGUGACGCAUUUUGGUAUCAAUUCUCUGUGGAUUCCAUGCUCUUGUGAUAUUAAUUGAUAAUGAAGUGUCAUCAGGGUUGUUGAAGUGGAGAGAAGGAUGUUUCAUGGUUCAUAUCUCUAAUUGGGCAAUACCCCAAUCCCCAGCCAGCCCUCAACAAUAGCCUUCAACAUUGUGAUAUUCCUUGCUCUAGGUCUGCACUUGAGUGCUGUCAAGAAGCAGCUGCAAUUCUGGAGCGGCUGGCAGACACAGCAGCUAACACAGAUGAGGACAAAAAUCACCUGUCACUUGUGCAGGACAGACUUGCUGCAGCAUAUUUAUGGCAGGCAUUGUUAGAGCACAAAGCAACAAUGGAAGACAAACCAGAGGCAAAAUCAGCAGAGGAGCUCAGUGAAAGUUAUGAAACAGAGGGGGUACAUGUACAUAAAAUGUUUUUUUUUCUUCAGAGGGUAUGCAAAUCUGGCCCCAGUUGUUCAAAAGGUGGAUAAUGCUAUCCACUGGAUAAAUCACUAUCCUGUGGAUAGCACAAUUGUUAGUUAUUUGAUCCACUGACUGGAUAGUGAUUUAUCUAGUGAAUAGCCCUAUCUAACGUUUGAACAACCAAGGCCAGAAAUAAUUAUAUGGGAAUGGGCUGGGGGUGGUCAGGUGUGAUACAGUGUACCCCUUGCUCCCUUUGCUUACCUUUGUAUUUCCUUUUGUAAUUUAGCUCCCCACCCUAAGUCCCUUUCCACUGGCACCCAAUUGCAAACUUACAUAAUAAACUUAUUCCUAUAUAAUUUUACUUCUCUUUUUAGGUCGAAGGCAUAUGUCUGGAGCAGCCAUUUAUGUCAUCCCUUCAUUCAGCAUUGGAAACAUGGACAGUGUUAGCAAAUAGAUCAGUGCAAGAAGGGACAGGCAGAAAGGUAGAGUUUGGGCAUUAUUAUUUUGAAGUUUGUUUUUUUUAUGAUACAUCUCUACUGGGUCAGAUGCAAGAAAAGAGAGCACUUCUCUUUUUUCUCAUCCACUAAAAACUUACUCACAGGUUAAAACAUGAAAAGUUUGGAAACUUGAUUAGUCUGCAUAAAUACUGUAGAUUAGUUUAAGUAAUAUCUGUUGUUCUUUUUGCAGAUUGACUGGCAACACUUUGUUAACCCUGAGGAAACUUGCCAUUACCUUCUGAUUAUUGCUGGAAUGUUUGGACUUGUCAACCAGGUAAACUGAAAGGAAAUAGAAGGCUGUUUCUGGGGACUGUCUCACGCAAGCUGUGUUAGGUUCUUUCUGCUUGAUGAGUUCUUAAAGAACAACAAGAACUGUAGUAUGUUGAAAAAGCAGUGCUCAUUAAAAAAAUCAAAACAUGUUUUCAAUGAAAAGACCAUAUAAAUACAAGUUAAUCACAAGAUUAAAUAACCUUCUAGAAUUAGUCGCUGAGGGUGAAAGGAAUCAUAUCAACAUCUGAAAAUCAUGCGCUAUCUACUUCAGUGACUUGCAGCAUCCCUUGGGAAACUAGUUUAUAUCUUAAUGUGUCCAUCAAUCCAACCUCAGGAGUUUGAAAUAAUCUGGAAACAAAAUAUGCAAAUGUGCGUCAAAUAAAUAAACCCUCUGGGUGUUUACAGUAGGAGAAGGAUUUACAGUAAACUGUUUCCUUGCAACCAUUCAUUGAGUAAUUUGUAACUUUUUACAGCCAUUCAAGAAGGUGUGUGCUCUUCAUCUUGCUGCUAACAUUGCCCAAAUGAUCAGCACCAACAGUAUGCUGGAUAAUAGAAUAUCUGCCUGUAGUGAAGCUGUUCAUACUCUGUGUGAUGUACUGGACAUUUCUCAUGCCAGUCUUCUGCUGCAUCAGACCAGUGAUGUGUUGGAAACCUUUGAACCAAGUGGUUCAGUUAUGGUCCAGUUUCUGUUGGCAAAGAGUCACUAUCUGUUAGUCGCAGGAAAGGUGAGCUAAUAGACCUUUUUACUGAUACAGCGGCCAUAUUGAAUUAAUUCGAUUUAAGGAGUAUUAUCGGAUGCCCAGGGGGCAUGAGCACAUUUCGUUUGUAUUUUCGAGCGCUUUUUGGGACAUUUUUUCUUGAAUUUUUCUGAGAAUAAGAUUGCAAUGGGAAAAAAGAUCCCUGUGCCGUGUUUGGAUGUAAUAAUGAUCGCCUUUUUCCCGAGAAAUAUACAGUGAAAGGCCAUAUUUCUAAUACUAAACUAGAAAAAGGCGAUCAUUAUUACAUCCAAACACGGCACAAGGAUCUUCUCUGCCAUUACAAUCUUAUCCUAAGAAAACUUGAAGAAAAAGUCCCAAAAAGCGCUCAAAAAUACAAACGAAAUGUGCUCAAGCCCCCUGGCAUCCUAUAAUACUCCUUAAAUCGAAUUAAUUCAAUAUGGCCACCGUAUCGGUAAAAAGGUCUAUUGUUCCUGAAUCAUUUUUUUGCUUCAUUCCUUUAAGCACAAGGGAUAAUGAAAACUAUUAAAAACUGAAUCAAAUUGGCUUAGCCAUCAUGGUAUACGAGCUAUAUACCAUGCUCUCCAAAUAAGGUAACUGUACAGUUGUACACGGCUGCUCAAAAUUAAAAACCAAGCUGAAAAUCGGUUGUUUUUACAAAUAAAGUCAGAAAGAAUUCUUGAUAUUUUGUGGGCAUUUUUAAUAAAACAAUUAUUCCACUUGCGAAUGUUAGAUAAGAGAUGAUUAUAGCCAACUUGGCGCUACACGCCUCAUUGGCUAUCUACCAUAUCUCAUAUCCAAUGCACACUCAUGGAAUAAUUGUUGAUUAAAAGCCAAGAGCUACUUACUUACAGUGUAAUCUAGUCUGUUAUAAAAUUUAUAUCAGGUUAAAUAAAUAUUUAUUUAACAGAGUUAACAACAAGGAGCGCGAGCGUGGUCAGCAGUCAGUCGUUUCCGAGUUCGCGCCAGUCGGAACGAACGUAGUGGAGGUACACGAGUCAUGUCACAAAAGCACCGCCGGUAAGAGAAGCAAAUCGGAAACCUAGUAAGAAAAACCCCCAUCCCUCCCCCCCUUAAUUCUUCAACUGUUAAAUCAGUGUGACAAGUGCCUGGUUCCUUUGGCAUGGGGGCUCAUGGCUGGAGGGCACAGGUUUGCCAGCCACGGGGGCGUUACUCUGUCUAGGGGCUGGCCCUGCCAAGGUGGAAGCCCCUGGACAUCCCGGGCACCCACCUCCACUCAGCGACGCAGUUGUUAAUUAUGUUUGUUAGUGCUUGUGUAUACAGGUAAUAUACAAAAGCAUGGAUGUAAUACUUACAGUCUCUGUUACACUGUUGAUUUGUCAUUUUCAAGUAGUUUGCAUUUUCAUGCCUUUUUAAUCUGAGAGAGUAAUAGUGAUGCACAAAAUGUUGCAAUGUACAAGCUUAAGAUGUUGUUAUCCAGGGUAUCAAUAGUCUCAUACCAUAAAAGCUCGCAAGCAACUUAAAAUAUCCACCUAGAUUAAAUUGUUAUUUACUUACAAGUACUGGUACCUCAUUAAAGUUGUAACAUCAUUGUGAUAUAGUCCAGGGCUGAUUUGCAUGUGUGCACAUGGCUUUUGGCUGGUUACAGGCUGAGUGGACCUGGGCCAGUAGGGUUUUCUGUCAGCUUUAACCCUUGGAUUAAGCUAAUGGUUGUGGCCCAUGGGUCCUUCACUGUAGCAUUUUAGAAAUAACAUGUUUCUAGAUACUCCAUCUGUGAGUUUUGCCUUUAAGUAUGUUAUCAAAAUACUGGCAGAAUAAUUUGGUUAUCCAAGGUUGUGCUUUAGCGGGGAAUAGUUCUUUAAUAGCAAUCCUGUCCUAGCAGUGAUUUUGUUACCUCUGCAUCCUGUGUCCCUGACGCAUAAAAAUCCCCAAAGACACAAGAUAAUCCAUUGCAUGUGUCCCGUAGGAUGCAAAGGAUGAUAACAAUCGAUAUCAAGAUGUGUAUAUCCGGCCCGUUUGUGUAAUUUUUGUGGCAGUUAUUAUGGCUGUUGUUUAACAAUGCAUAUUUCUUUUAGCCUUCAUUGUGCUUUAAAACGGAGGACAAAUUUUAAUUUCAGUAUACUUUAAUACAGAGCUUUUGAGUCUGUCUUCAGAUUUAUUGCCUGGUUACAUAAAGGCCCAAACAUUUUCAAUUUAGGACUCAAUGAUUCUGGACUGGGACUCAUGAUUUUUCACAAGAUGAGUCUGAGGACUCACCAUAACUAUUUGUAACAAAAUCCUUGUGCUCCACACAGGUGCCCUGGAUUUCACAUGUUCAAAUCACUGGGUUUCUGUCAAUGUUUUCUCAGAGCACAGCCUUGGCUACCAGUCCUGCCUCUAAGAGUGUAACCUCACAUUUAUCAGUAUCUGACUGACUGUUUGUUUUCCUCUAAACUAAACAUAAUUAUCUGUUCCUGUGUUUAGUACUCAGAAGGAGAGCAGUGUUUAAUGGAAGUGUUACAGAGUGAUGCUUUGACUCAGAAGAGCUACAGGUCCCAUUUACUGAAGGCCAGAUUAAUGUCUUUGUGUGCGAAAUACUCCAUGCUCCCAGCUAAGCUACACAAAUUCAGCAUUACUUUGGGUGAGUUAAAAACUCAAUUUAAUCAUUUACCAGUAAUAUCAGUGUUGUUUUAGUAUUCUAGUAAUAUGUAUAUUCUAGUUAGAGCAACAUCACAAUGGGGAUUAUGUACCAACAGUUUAUUUCUCUUGGAAAAUCAAAAUCUGAAGUUUUGCAUCUUAUGAAUCCUGGGCCAAAAGCAUAGUCAUGGGUAAAAUUAAAUUGCGAUUUUUUAGGUUUUAUGAUCUCUGCAUUUCUUUGCUCGUGGAUCCAAAGAAGGACCAGGAUUUCCUGUAAAAAUAUGAGGCCAACCAUCUCACCACCUCAGAUUCUGCAAGUACCGCUGGAAUACUCGAGAAUCCAUUCUUUUGAAGAAAUUUAUUUGGCUAGGAAAAGUAAAAAAAACAUUGAUAGUUCUGAAAACAUAAAAAAUAUAUUUGCUUUAAUUUACAGUUCAGCAGUUUACAGCUUUUGAUCUCAGCAUUUUUUAUGUUUAGCAUUGGAAAAGGUGGCUGUCUGACAUCAAAACCAUCAACUGUCAAAGGAAAAAUCUUUUUGAGAUUUUUUGAUUUCCCAACAUUCCCUUAAGAAAUCCAAAAAUCUGAGAUCAACUAUCUAAUUUUGGACCCUUGCGUGGAAAUGUACCAAACUUGUCAUGGAGUGGUUACAUGUAACAGAAUAUUGAAUAAUGGCCUGAACACUGAAUCUAGUAAGGUGUCCAUUAAGGGAAUAUUGGGUACGUUCCUUUGGGAUGAUCAGGAUCAGUGAUCCGAGAUCACUCCGAUCAUUGUAGAUCAAAUGAACUGAUGAAUCCUUGUUCAGAGUGGAUUCAUCAGUUCCUUUGAUCUACCAUGAUCCGAGUGAUCUCAGAUCACUGAUCCUGAUUCAGAUCAUCACAAAGGAAUGCACCCAUUGACUCUAUCAUGAAUAAUCUUGCUCUUUUGUGAAGAUCCUGUUGUUGGUUCACUAACUGCUUUGGAAUGUGCUCUUGAUGGAUUUCACAAGUUAAGCCACAUGGCUGAGGAGGUGUUUGGAAAGGAUGUGUUCAGCAGUGGGCGAAAGAAGGGCAAACAGAAUAAAAAUGUGUCAGGUAAAAAGAUGACCCUCUUCUAUCAUAACGUUAGCCUGCAAUUAUCACCUCUCAGGACAUGUCACUGAAUAGUUUGUCAGACAUGUUUGUUUUUUGUGCCUGCUGUUCCCUUCUCUUCAUUCAGCAACAGUUAUUUUCCCUUCCCAAAACACUGUAUUAUUGAAUGAGCAAAAAGUAAAGCUCUGCCUCCUACUUUGCCUUGAUUUUGAGUUAAAUGCUUACAAGGAUAUCAAACUGCAACCUAUAACUUUACAGUUGGACCACCAUUCGUUCACCAAAACUUAACAACUGCAAAAGUGUGUUUGCUUAUGUUUAAAGAGGUCUCAAACUUAAAUGGAUCAAAUUGUAGCCACAUGAUUUUUUUUUCCAAGGGGAAGUGAAUUUUUCCCUGCUCUUUUUCAUCUUCAUUUCAUGCGUGUGAUUAAUUUUUUACAAUUAUGUUCAUUUCUUAUCAUCAACAACACUAACUCACAACACUUUCAAGGACUUUAUUUUGUUUCAAUUUUUACAGCCGAGGGCCCUCUUAUUCUCCCAAGUGUCAAUCAAAGCCUUUUCCAUAUGUCACUCCUGAAUGAGCUUCUGUCUUCAUUACUACAAGUUGGCCAGUUAUAUGCCCAACAGGGUGCUGUAAGAGAGGCAUUCAGGCAGUUUGUAGAUGGUCUAACUGUGGCAAGACACUUUGCUCUACCUUACAGGUAUUCAUUAUAAUGCUUUUCUUUAACCAGCCCUGUUUUAGAUUGUCUGAUCCAAUACACAGUAGUCAGCCGUAAUUAUCUCGCACUUUUUUGUUCAUUUUCAGCAGUACUGUAAUGCUAUGUUAGUCCCUAGGCAGUAAAAUGAAUUCAUUUUGUUGGUCUUUGAAAGACGUGAUUUUGUUUCCUCUGCGUCCUGCGUCCCUGAUGCAUAAAAAUCCCCAAAGACGUAAACUAAUUCAUGAAAUGCGUCCUGUAGGACGCAAAGAACGAUCAAUCGAUUUGAAGAUGGUUUUUUGGUAUAAUAUCCUGUUCGUGGGAUCUCUGUGGCUGUUGUUUAAAGAUGCAUAUUUAUUUGAGUCUUUUUUGUGCUUUAAAUAUAUAGAAGGACUAUAUUUUAAUUUCAGUAAACUGUAAUAAACAGGUUUGGCGUCUGUCUCUGGAUUAAUUGUUGGUUACAUAAAGGCCCAAGCAUUUUCAAUUUAGGACUCCUUUUUUGGACUCAAGGACUCAUGAUUUUUCACAAGAUGAGUCCCAGAACUCACCAUAACCAUUUAUAACAAAAUUACUCUCUUUUUCUCUCUCGUACAGGCUUUAAGCUCUUUUUUUUUAUAGAUACAUAAUGUAAUUGCAAGGUUUCAGCAUGGAAGUAGCUAAAAUGAAAUCACUGUUAUUGGUGAUGUCUAUAUGGCAAAAGAAUAAUUACUGGCCAUUAGAUCCUAUUUUCAUUUUGCUUGGGAGGUAAACAUUUUGCGCAAACUACGUAAGGGAAUGUAACAUUGCCGCCUAUAUUGUUCGACCUGAUUACAUGUUGAUAGAACUUAUAAUUCUUUUCCUUUAGGAUUGCAGAAUUUCUCAUUAACAUUACUCAUUUGGAACUCAAGCAAGGCAAGGGUGAUAAGUGUGAAAGUCGGCUUGACCAGCUUAAUGGACUCCUACAACCAGUUUUGAAACCUUCCAGCCGAUCAAAGCUUGCCAAAAAUGAAAUUCAAGAACCUCUUCUUCUUGGUCAUCCAGAGACAUGCGAAUGCGUAAAUUGUAUUGAUACAACACUUCACAACAUACUGAUUAGGUACUCUUUGAGUGUUGCCAAAUAUCUCUUGUAUGUUUCAAUACCCGAGCAAUCAGGGGAGGCUUUAGAUUUGGUGCAUUCAGUGUGUCAGUGUGCUGAAAAGAAAAUGGCGAUGUGUGUCCAGAGACUUGGCAUGAUUUUAUGUGGUUGUGCAUGUAGUGCUCCAAGUGAAGGGAUUUUGAAAGAGACAAAGAAGAAAGGAAAAGCAAAGUCUACAAAAGGCAGAAAACAGAAAGAGGACUCAGGGCUAAAAAGUUGUUCUGUUUCACAGUUAAUGUUUUGUCAGUAUUUUGCUUCAUUCUACUGCAUGAGUGCAGAGCUGUCACUGCAAAUGGGAAAGAUUGAGGAAGCCAAUGAAGUGCUCUUAAAAGCAACGGAAAUCCAACACUGUGCAGAGAAUUCUGUUGGAUACAAUCCUAUGCACUUGUUACCCAUGAAAGCUUCCAUCCUUUAUAUGUCUGGUGUUGCCACAUUGCUUCUAAACAAGGGUUCUUCCAAAGAUGUUUGCUUAGAUUGUAACUGGUUUCCUGAAACAGAGUCAAAGAUUAGCUCUUUGGAAAACAGUGUAGAGAAAGUUGAUUCCUCUAAAGUUGACAUAGUUGAAGAAUGUGAGGUGGAGAAGCCAAGGAAGGCUUCUGGCAGAAGAGGUAGAAAUUCUAAACCUAUAGAGAAAUCAGCCACAGAGGAUACCAGCAGCAGGCCAACAUCUUCAAGAGCAAAAGACAGAGGAAGAAGCAAGAAGGCAGAGGAGGCCCUGGCAGAAUGUGAUGAUUCUGAGGCAAAUAUUCAGCGGAAGACAAAGGGACGUAGAAAACCAACACGGUCUGCAAAGCAACCUUCCAACCUUGUGUAUGGUCAUAAAACAGGUCAGAUUAUUACACCUGAAACUUACUUAUUUCAUUGAAGACCAUUCUUGUUAACUUUUCUUUCCAUUAAAGUGAACCAUGGAAUGAGAUUGCUGCGUAUUGUAACUGAAAUUUGGCUUCUGGGUGCAUAAUCAUUUAAGGCACUGGUGCUCCUUUGGUCUGUCAAUUUUUAUCUUAAGCCUUUGAUUUAUUCCCAGAAUGUUAGGAACCUAGGAUUAAUGUGUUUUAUACAUUUAACUUGAAAAUACGUAUGGGUGAUUUCCAAAAAAAAAAUUGAAACCUCUCAGCAGUACUUUGGGUGGUACUAGACAUUUGCUAGUUCUUACUUUCUGCCUGUUGACAACGUUCUGAGUUGUUACUAUUUGAGUGGAACCCACUUAGCAGAAAUCGAUUUUAGCUAAUAGUCCUAAUAGAGUGGUUUUCGUUUGAGUGUCGUAAAACCAAAACCAAAGUAAUUACUCUGGCCAAUCACAUAGGACACAGACAAUACAUUGAACCAAUCAAAACUCGAAGUAAUUACAUGUGGCUGACGCAAAGCGCGGGAAAAUGCAUGCGAGCGCGUCACAAUUGGCUUUGGUUUUACUUCUGAUUGGAUGAAAAGGUGACGCGAAUCUUUUAAGCCAAUCGCAUCGUGUAGAAAGUGCAAAACCAAUUACUUUUCGACACUCAAAUGAAAACCGCUCUAUUUGAUUCAGUGAAACAAAUCCUCGGUUGUGGCAUUCAACCUUCUGUAGCGGUUCUUUUGUAUGGAAUAUUUUUUAUUCUCCUGUACUUUUGAUAUGUUUGGAAUUGAAAAGCUCAACGAAAUAGCGUGUUGAAUCAUUAUGGUUAUAGCAUGAAAAUGUUAUUUAUGUACUUUUCCUAACAUAAAUAAUUAUUUUCUAUCAUCUCAUCAGCUCCCAAAUGGAUGGAACAGACCAUUCAUUACUGGAAUGAAGCAUUUGUUCUUUGCCAAGUUUAUCCUCCACCAGCCCUAUUCUCUGACAUCUGUCGUGGACUAGCUUUCUGUCAUGGGAGAUCAGCACCCCAACUCUCCAUGUACUACUUAAACUUGGCAUCAUCCAUCACAUUGAGACACCAAGCUGUUACAAGUACAGGAAAGAGAAUCAAGUAAGAAGGCUUUAAUAAGAGGUGGGGGGCGGGGAUUUCCCCCUGCUACUACGAAUGUGGCAGGAAAAUAGAAGGAAAAAUAGAACCAAAAGAAAUCCUUAGCUGUUUGAUUCCCCGCUAACUUAUAUAGUUUACCCUGCAACUUAAAAUCUUGGUGACAACCCUGCUUGGAAAAAUAAAGUGGAACCCUGCCUUACAACCACUUUACCAACACAUUAAUUUGUCCCUAAAAUUCCUUUUUAUUUUAUUUUAUCUUUUUGCAAACCUCCUAAUCCAGCCAGAUUUUCAUGGCCCAGAAGUGGUCGUAUUAACAGGAUUUUAUUAUAAAUCUUUUCCCUCCCAAUACUAUAUCCAAAUGAUACUUAUGAUUUUUCAAAGACAGUUCACCUUCAUUACCUCGUGCACUUUUCAUUAUGAAAGUAAUUCAAAGUUGAGAAGGGAAGAAGUGGAUUGAGUGCUGACAGUCAUUCCCAUGAAUAGUUAGUAAAGAACGUUGUGUAAAAAAUUAACUUAAUGCUACCUUUUAGGUAGUUCAAUCUUCCUGACCUCCUGUAAUAUCGAUGUCUUAUUUUACCUUAGGAGAACAGCAAAAGGUAUGACAGCUGCCUUGUCAGUGGUAUGUAUCACACAAAACCUGGUCACAUUAUCCCACACGCUUAAAAAGGCAAUGAGAACACCCGUUUCAAACGUAUUUGCCUUUCAUAUGCCUUUGCAGAUUUCUUGUUGCUAUAUAAUGGACCUUAGGAUCCGACAACGUUCCUUCUGAACUUGGAUAUGUCUCUUAGGAAUUUAACUCCAGGAGAAUUCGCCCACAUUUGACCCCUGAUGCAGAUAAUGUUCCGCCAAACGGGAAACGCGAACGCUUUUUUAGUUCGGAGUCUCAAAAUGGCCCAAUAUUUAACUUAGAAUUUAACAGAAACAUUUGGACACUUUCCAUGAACAGAACAACUCUUUUUCUUUCACAAGAAGUCAAUAUACAUAAAAUAAGCAGUGUGUUACGCGUCCUUCUAAUGUAGCUUCUGAUCUUGCUUUAAUGGCUAGGAACUACUACCGUAAAUCCUCUGUUAAGUACCCCACCCCGAUCUGCCCCCUCUAGUAAGGCUGUUCAUGGCAGACCUUGCGAGAACCGCUAAUUUUGGGGGCACCAUGACAACGUCAAAAAUCUAUAUUUUCUUCAUAUGUUCUAUGACUGAAUCUUUUUCUUUUCUCUCUCUGUAUCAGGAGCAUGAUGGAGACAUGGAGCAACUUGCCAAGGAACUGUCCUCUUUGUCAAUCAAUGAUUGUUCAUUGUCAGGAAUUAAACCUGAGGAUAAAAACAAGUUAGCACAUCUUUUAAAAACCCGAAGCAUAAUGCAGUUUAACUCAAGUUCCCGUGGAGGUGGGGAUUUGACGUCUCUGUUUUCCCCUGAAGAACUUGCUCUUUUGCAGGACAUUCCAAAAGGUACGUUACUUGAAUUGAAAAUAGUUUUUUUCUGGUGACUUGAGGAAGGAAUUUUUUAAUUUAUGAUGUUAAUUUGGCACAAUUUUAGGAUGGACCAUACUUAAAUUCUCCGAUUACUUUUAACUGUUAUAGUAAAUAUGUUUUUUAGUUCUGAAUUUAGUUUAUACAGUCAACUCCCUUUAUAGCAGACACCGUAGGGACCUCUAGUUAAUGUCCUCAUUAGCGAGAGUCCGUAAUAGCGGGAGUUUAUUUCAGUCAAACGUCUGUAAUUUGUUUUUUCCUGGGAUUUAGCUGCUGUCCGUUUUAUCGGGGUGUCCGUUAUAGCGAGGUGUCCGCAAGGCGAGAUUUGACUGUAAAUAUUGCAUGCCAGUCACGUAAAACGCAAUAUCGUCAAGCUACGAAUGACCUGUGUGUUUAAAAAAAUUAAAUAUUUCCUCAUAGAGUGGACGGUGUGUACACUGGAGUCCUUUAAGCUUCCUGGAGAGCAAGAAAGACAGUUGCUGAUCUGUAGGAUCAGAUCUGGCUCUGAACCCGUGCUGGUGAAGAUCAACACAACUUUAGGAGAGGAACAUGUAAAGGAAAAAGAGGUAUUUUUUUACGUGCUUCAAAAGGAAUAUAAUUUGUACCAUGAACACUUUUUCUUACAAUCCUUCAGUUUGUAGUUUUCUUGUUCCAGUUAGGGCUAUUGUUUUCUAAACCUCAGUGGAAUUGACAAUGAAAGUUGAAUAAGAAAGCAAAAAUGAAAUGAAUUCUGGUUGUUGAAGUCAACUUGUCGCGAUCGCGAAAAUGGCCUGCUUGUUUUUCUCGGGUGAAAAAUGUCUUUUACAAUUUAUUAAGAAAAAGGUCUCACAAACCUUAUUUCCGCACUUGUAUCUACUAAUAAACUUGCAGUGGGUUUACCCCAUAGUCAUCUCACUGAUAAUUAAAGUUUGUCCUUUUUUUGGGUUUAAAAUUUGACUUAGUGGCCACCCCAAAUUCCAUACAAGAACUAAGUUUGUAUAAUAGACCUACUCGGUAGCGGAUAUCAAAUAAACGAAAACGUUCAAAACGAACGAUGAAUGAAAGACUGGCACAUCCAAAAGUAAAAAGACACAUUCAGCCAACAAUUUACGUCACAACAUUGCAGAGUCGCCACAGUCACAGGAGCAAUAUUCUUUACUUGAUCCAUUUUCAUGCUUCCUACUACGAAGGGAAGCAAAAAAUGCAGUCUGUAUAGUCAGUGAAAAUCAUUUAUAGGACUAGGAGUAUUAUUUAGUUCCAAUACGCCGUAACUUUGAAGUAAGAAUGUUUUUUUGUGAAAGUCACAAAGUUUUUUAGGCUAGACUUACGAAGUAGUGAUUAAGUGGCGAUUUUGUAUUCUGUUACAGGCAGAUGAUGUAGUUAUGGAUCUAUGUAAGCUGUUUCAAUUCAGCCUGUUGGAGGAGUUUAAUGAACUUAUGACUGACAAUGUGAAGAGCAUGAGUGUCAGUAACACUUCAGAGUGGUGGGCACAGAGAACCAGGCUAGAUUCCAAAAUGAAGGUACAACUUUCAGAAUGAGAUUUAAAUUCGCAAAUUCUUGGCAGGGUAACUGCAAUAGCGUUAAACCAAUAAUUGUAGCCAGUGACGAACCCCUCCCCCUUUCGAACGAUGGAGCACGCUACCGGGAUCUAGGUCCCCUACUCGUGAUAAGUAAGGAUGAGAGACAAAGCCAGUGGCUUAACCUCACUACCCAGUGACUCACCGGUGGUAUUUCAUAUUUGUUUGUCUAUUAUGAAAUUCACAGGCUAAAUUGUCUGGAAACGAUUUCGUCAAUGAUGCUCAAAUGACACAUUCUACGUGCUCUUCACUGUGUGUAGUUGUCUUAAAUUUAUCGUCGUUUUGGUUGACAAUUCCUUAACUCAGAUCCUUUUGGAAAAGCUUGAAUCUUGCUGGCUUGGAAGAUGGAAAGGGGUUCUUCUUGGUCAGCCAAUCAGCGAGGAUCAUCAAGAGGCAACAGUGUCCGCUGCCAGGCAGUUACGAGGAAAAAUCACUAAUUUGUGUGCAUGUCCUCCAGAUAUACAACUUCUUGAGGUAAUGCGAACAAAAUGGUCAUUCUUAAGACCAAUCCAUGCGUGGUUUAUCACUCUGAUUCCCAGCCCAACUGUAUUAAUGACCUCUUAGAAACGUUGAUUAACAUUUUCUCUUUGCCGCUACUAGUUCGGUGUGAAAGUAGAGUAAGUUACAUCCACAUUUUGAUGAAUAUGUGUCCCACGUUGUUUGUUUUAGUUCACUACCUAAACUUUGGUAAACUUUGGUUUACCUCGUCAGUGUUAACUCAGUCGGUAGAGCGUGUGACUGCAAAGCGGGAGGUUUCGGGUUCGAUUCCCGGGGCCUGACCAAUACUCCGCCAGGGUCUUAAAAUAACUGAGAAGUGAACGUACUCCCUUUGCACUGCAAGAGGCUCGACCCUCGAGUGGCUCGGAUGACCACGUAAAAAAUAGUGUCCCCAAUUAGUACAUUCGUGCUAAAUACAUUGACACUCAACUAAAGUGCAUUUUUUUAAGGAUCAUUGUCAACCAUACCUGGAGAAGAAAGUAACUGUAGUCUAUAGCAUUAUUCUGCUUUUAAGUAAAUGCAAUAUAAACUACAAUGGUUUGAAAGGCUGCUGCUCUCUCUUUCAUCAGUUUAAAUGUGCUUAUAUCUCUUUCAGAUUCUUGUUGAUUCUUCAUCCCACUUGUCAAGAUACGAGAAAGCCGAUGCGAUUUCAGAGAUCACUGGCAUAGAUCCCAAAUCUGCCUCUUUGAAUGAAGUAACCUCAAAUGUUUUUAUGAUAAUUUUAUAAAGUACAUUUCUGUUGAAUGUAUUUUGUUAAAACCUCGUUGAAGAUAUUCUUAACUAGUGUUCUUUUUUUGGAUUUCAGAUUCUUCGUGAGUUAGAGGAGAUCACUAGCAACUCGUUUUCGUCUGUUAGCAAGAAAACUGGCCAAAAUAGGUGCGAGAAAAUUGAUGUAACUCCUGUCACUUGUGAUGUAUAUGUAUUCUGUAACGAUCAUUUAUGAUGUAUGUGCUUUUAAAAUUAGUUAACGUAAAUCUUUCUUCAUUUUUUUCACCGGACCGUAAGCAGCUCAGAAGUGGUUACUCGUCAUCCUGUCAUUCUUAUUCUUGGCAAGGUAAGGAGGCAUAUUAUUUUGGCUCUGACUAGUACACUGAUCAAGACCUAGUGGUUGUGAAAAAAUAAAGUGGGAGUAGCUAUGAAAACGUCUAUAUUUCUACUAUUUUACAGGAUAUUCAGCAUCUCCCUUGGGAAAGUAUACCUAUGCUAUUUGACCAUCCUGUGACUCGAGUACCUUCUCUGCAGUUUCUGCUAUCAAAGGUAAAAUGCAGGCGUGCUGCUGACAAAAAAAUGAGAAAUAAAUAGUAGAAAAGUUCACUGUAUUAUCGUUACAUGAUGGGAUGGGUGACUGGGAUGUCGAGGGGAAUCCACCUUGGGCCAGCUAGCUUCUUAAACUGAGUACCACUUUGCCAAUCUACCCGAGUUAGCCAUUAAUCCCGCACACAAGGUUUCAAAGCAUGAAGGCCCCAACUCGUUUACGUAGUCCAUUAUCGCCUCACAAUCUCAGAAAUGGUCAAGUACCUAUCUGCUUGGUACUCUCAACUGCGUGUUUGCAAGUGCAAGAGGGUGAUAUGCCCGGGCUCCUGAUUCCCGGCUGGAUCACUAGUCAUGAUCUUAAAAUAAUUGAGCAGAAUGUAGACCUUGGAAUAUAUGAGUCGGUGGCAGUGUAGUCAACCUUUCAUCAGGUGAAUGAAUUAAGGGCUUAAGAACAGUUGGGACGUAUUCUUGUAGUGGUAAAGAGGGUACUAACUUUUGACGCGUUGCAUUCAGUUAAUAAUGAGGGAUUCCAUUGUUGAGAGCAAUAUGUUUUGCUAUAGCACUUGCUCCUUAUCAAUAAGUCAUUUUACUGUUAACCCUUGGCUCUUCUUGAUGCUAGAGCUGAAAGAAAUGAACGUGCUUGUAUGCAUGAAACCUUUUGUGGUAUUUUCAGGUAUCCUGUCAACAACAAUUGACCAAUGUGGAUCCUGUCAAAACAUUUUAUGCGCUCAACCCACAAAAUAACCUUCCCAACACGCAGAAGAUGUUCCAGAAAUGGUUUGAAAGGUAUGAAUUGUGAAACACGCAAAUCGUAGAACAACUUGAACUUGAAAAAUGAGGAACUUAAGCAAAGAUGACAGCAACAAGGAUGGUUUUAUAAGCAAAACAGUUCUGCUCACUUUUUGGUACAUUUUGAUGACGUCCAUUUCACGAAUACAACGUGAAACCUCGUGGUGAGAACGUUUAUGGCAAGAAGGACAUAAAUACGCCAUGACGAAUUUUUCUUUUCUUACUUGGAUACAGUCGUUAAGAAUUGAACUCCUGGGAAAUUCCCCUACAUUUCGCAAUUUGAGAAAGGCUAAAAAGACGCAUGAAAUUUAAAAGGACCCCCAAAUUUUUUUUUCUUUGUAACUUUUUACUGCCGUCAUCGUCGGGGUUCGUUAAACUCCGUAAUGUAACAAACUGAACUAUUUUAAUUGUUUGCUAUGUCCGGCAGCUGCCUGCAAUAUACAUGGUACAGCAUUGCUCCUUUAAUAACACGUAUUUCGUUUUAUGCAACAUAUAGUGAAGAUGGAUGGCAAGGUAUCACAGGCAGGGCACCUACACAAGAUGCAUUUAGCAAAGCACUGACGGACCAUGAAUUGUUUAUGUAAGUUGAACGAAACUUUAUGUGCUAGUUACUUAUUUUAAAUAAGCCGAUUACCCUACAUACAGAUGAUUAGUACAAUUAGGUUGCGAAGCGAGUUGACAUUAGUAGCUCUUUUACAAUGUAAAAUUCAUACAGGAAAAGACGCUUUGUCUUGUUGUAAUGCUUCGCAAUGAUGUAGGCUAGUAGAGAACACCGCGCCUUGCUGGCAUGGUUUUGUAAGACAAGUUGUUUGAAAAGUGAACACACCUUCUCGCCAUACCUUUUAGGCUCAUAGCAAACAUUGCAUUAAGCUAACAUAUAAAUGCUUCUUCCUUUCAGCCGCAGUGAGAACAACGGGCCCUCUAAAUGAUUAUCCUGAGGCUUAACGGUUAUUAUAACAUAAACGGCCAGUUCCAUAAAUUAAGACCUCUCAAUGUUCACAAUUCACUCUACCUCUAGAGCAUUUACGAUACAAUUUACAUGGUACGACAUUCCUGGCGAGGAACUCUUGAGGAUGUUAGGCACAUGAAAAGAACUGUUAGAUUUACAAGGUUGCAGAAGUAGUCCCCUGUUCUAUUUCAUGUUUUUUUCAUGUGAUUCUGUUGCGCAUUGCACUGCAUCGUAUAUCUUGCCCUCGUUACGUUAAGCAUAAACUGAAAAGCAUUCACUUUUAUCUCCGUAGCUAUUUUGGCCAUGGCACUGGGCGAGAGUUUCUCCAAGGAGAUGACAUUCAGAGACUGGAUUGCCGAGCUGUCACUGUGCUAAUGGGUUGUAGUUCUGGAAAGUUAACGGUGAGAAAAUGUGGAUGAAAGCCGUGUUGGUAAAUAGCGGCAGGAACGGUUGAGUCGCCUGGUCUAGUUAGGUUACCGUACGAAAUUUUUGCGGGUUCUAAUUUUUGCGAUUUUCCAGCGAUCCGCAAAAAUAAGUUCCCUCAAAUAAAGAUUACCGCAAACAUUUUUCCCGCAAAAAUUUACUCUAGAGGAAAUAUUCUCUCAGUUAAAUUUGCUACACAAAGAUACAGUACUAAGAAAUCGUGUCUGUUCAAGCACAACUUGUCUCUUUCAUUCAGAAACAAAACGGUAUACAACGAAAUACUGGUUUAUUGUUUGAAAAUAUGUACUUCUAUUGCACGUACUCAAUAAAAACGAAAAUAUUAUCAAUGCUGGGUACUGGGUACUUCUCUGAAAACGGCAACAAUUAAUUCCCAGCAAGAAAAACCAAUCUCUCGUAAUCGCAAAAAUUAGUUCCCGCAAAACACCGCUACACGGUAACUAAGGUUUAGUUUUAAAAGCUACAUUUUUACCAUGGUCCUUUCUCAAAGAAGACAUUUACAACAAUUUCUAUUUCGUUUCUUGUAGUAUUAUAGCUUUACACUAUCAUUUAGUGCUUAAAAGUCUUCUUUUAAUUUUUUUCAAUGGUUUUUUUUUCUUUUUGUCAGGUUGGCGGGGAGUGUGAACCUAGAGGAAUGGCUCUGAAUUACCUUUUAGCUGGCUGGUAAGUGUUUCAAUUAACAUUUUAGUCUUUCUUACCAACAGCGAUAUUUCUUUACUGGUCAGACAAGACACUCUCGUUAGUUGAGUCAGUUACUGGUCCAAGACUUUACGAUGUCAUGUGACAAAUUUCCCUCCCCCGCCUCCCUCGCCAAAAAUAGUCUUGUUUAAAUAUGACAGUGCACACAGUGCUACCGUGAUUCUGGGCCACAGGCUUUAAAGAGUGUAUAGCUAGAGCAGUCUUAAAUACUACUCCUCUAAAACAAGUUUUCCAAAACUCUGGAAUGUUCUUCGGGUAUUGUUAUAACCAAAGGGUAUGAAGAAAGAUAAACAAGGGUGAAAGAGCAUAUUGCCUUAUGAUAACCUUACUACAGUACUGAACAAAUGUUGUUAAAACUCUUGCAUAUCCUUAGCAUAUUGUAUAAAAAGGGGGGGAGAAGAUUGAUAUGGGUUUAAAAGUGUUUAGCUGCCUUGCUUGCUCCUCCUCUAUGAUGCACAUUUUAAACUCCUGAAUGUUCUUGGGGACGUUUAUAAACCAAAUGGCAUAAAAAGAGUGAUUUUUUUAAAAUGCCACUAUUAGUUACUACACAUUUUUCAUGGUCAUCAUAAUCAAAUUGGAGUGGUUUUCACUUGCAGCCCAGCCAUUGUCGCUAACCUUUGGGACGUUACUGACAAGGACAUUGAUCGCUUCAGUGACUCACUUCUGAAAAAGUGGCUUCAGCAAGACACACACCUCUCAUUAGCAGAUGUGCUGAGCCUAUCCCGACAAGCUUGCAAACUGAAAUACUUGAUAGGAGCAUCCCCUGUACUAUAUGGUCUCCCAGCUUACAUCAAACAGUAA